UUGAGCAACUUCCCAGAAAGAGGAAAACAGGAAGUAAUUUUGGGACUUCCCCUAAAAUCGCUGGCGUCGCCUAUAAAACAUUGGGCCAACUAGCUGUCACUGGUGCUACUGCUGGGUCGUGUACUAUACUACAUGUGUGUAAAACAUGUCAAGCAAGGUAGGCUAAAAAGUAUGUCGCAAUCUAAUGUGGACUAAUCCCUAAUAUAAUCUGGUGGACGUGGAUGACGAAACUCACAAACUCAGAACUGCUGAUUCUCCGAUACCAUCAUCAUGUUUUGACUUUACUUGUUUGAGUGACUGCAUGAGUUUUUGACUGGCUGAGAUCGUUCACACGCUCAGCACACCUAGUUCUAUCUAACCUUAGGGGUGAGUUCCAUUGCCCAUGUUGCCUGAGCACAUGCAUCUGACUGAUUCUGACCUGACUUGUUAUGAACACCACUUGUGUGGAAACAACUGUAAGUGUUUCACCCAUAUUCACCUUUGACAUUUGUGUAGGAGAGAAAUUGAUUUCCACCCACUGUGACCUGUGAGGGUUCUGCACUCCAUCAGCGACCAACCAUGCCACGUCUCACCAAUGUACAGGGCACCACCCUGCUGAGAUCUCUGCCCUAUCCUAAUAUGAUGAGAUUGUCGCAGCUUCUUGAUCCGCCAACUCCAACAUUUCUAGACUGGAGAGGCCUAGCCGGUCGGAUUCUUCGAAACUCAGACGGUGCACCGAGAUACGAUGCGCUUGCCAUAGCGAAUUUUGAUUUGGCACACAGACGCCGUGGGGGAAGUCCGACUAUGGAGCUGAUCAGAGACUGGGGUACAUCUAAUGCAACCGUACAGGAUCUAGUAGGAUACCUGAAUGAUAUGGGACAUUAUGCUGCUGCUGAGAGCCUUCUACCUGAUCUUAAUCUGAAUGCACAAGGUCAAGUUUCUUCUUCCACAGUGAGCCAAGACCAGUACGAGAGCUUGGCAGAAGGGGCUAACUUUGCCAGCCCAUCACAUCGGCUCCUUAGCGACUGUAGUUCCGGGGAAAACGGGGACACACAAGAAAACCCCAAAACACCGUCAGAAACAAAUGACUGCAACGAGGUGUCUUCUUCAACUGGAAGAAGUAGCGUUUUUCCAGUGGGAGCCUCCAGUCGACUGGCCCAGGAGGAUGACGAAUCUUUAGUGACGAGCUGUUUACCCAACUUUGAACCAAAUAAAGUUCAAGAAUUCAGCUAUAUAUCCCUGAGUAACAUGACAAGUGGAUUUGACGACCGUCCAUUCAGUGAAGGUGGUAACAUGGUGGGCGAAGGCGGCUUUGGAACAGUGUACUACGGCAAGUUUAACGGCGGACACGAAUGUGCUGUGAAAAAACUCAAACAGGAUGUUUUCCCGUGUUCAGACAUGGACGUCGUCAAGCAAUAUCAGAAUGAACUUAAUAUGCUGCAAAGCUUGCAUCACAAGAAUCUGGUUGAGUUAUAUGGCUACAGUUUCGACGGAGACACACCCUGUCUUGUCUUUAAUUAUCUUAAGAACGGCUCUGUGCAGGCGACGCUCAAUAAAGACAGCUGCCUUCUCCUGUCUUGGGAGGUUCGAGUCCGUAUAGCACAGGGAACGGCUCAAGGUCUCUGUUACUUACAUCAGCAAGGAACGGUCCACAGAGAUGUUAAAAGUGCAAAUGUUCUUCUUGAUGACCAUUUCACGGCUAAACUGGCUGACUUUGGUCUGGUGCGUGCUCUCCCCUUAGGGGUCGACAACACACACAGGACUUCAACAGUUAUCGGCACGUCGGCAUACAUGCCGCCAGAGGCACACUUUGGAGCUGUCUCAUCAAAGGGUGACAGCUUCAGCUACGGUGUGGUCCUGUUGGAGAUAAUAACAGGACUAGAACCACUGGACAAGACGCGGGACUACGUUGACAUUAUCAACCAUGUAGAAGACUACGUCGACGGUCAACCAGACAGAAUACUGAAGUUGGUUGACCCUAGGCUAGGCUCAUCUUUUACAGAGGGAAGCGUUCUGCAAAUGUAUGCUGUUGCCAAUGACUGCCUGAUCACAAGGAAACUAAAGAGGCCCUUUCUAAAAGAUGUGUUACCCAAGCUGAUGGCACUAGAUGACACAUCUUCAUGCACAGAUGGUUAAGUGGAAUUCACAAGACAACUUCAUGGAUCGUUCUAAGAAUAUGGUUUCAUCUGCAAAACAUUUCCAGGCUAGUGUAGGAUAAGACUGAUUCAUUGCAUUGGACACCUUUGGUAGUUGUCAAAGACCAGUAUUACCACUUGGUGAAUCACACCAUAUGCAUACAAUAACAA